UAAUUUUGGUGAAGAGUUACUUGACGAGUCGCUCUGCACCCUGCACGCCUCGACCUCCAAUGUUGGCUUCCGCUCAGUCGUAACAAAUAACCCGUGCUAGCUUCUAUCGACAAAACGCUGAACGUUAAUAACUCGGCCUUAUCCACCACGUCCAUGGAAGUGAUAUUUUUCUCUUCUAGUAACCCCACUACUCUUUAAAAAUUCCGCCUAAAAAGAAAAAGCGCUAUGUCCCCUCUUUUCGGAUUUCAGCCAACGUGUACAACAACUAUCCAGAGGAUCUAGGGGCAGCUCUAUAUCGAGAGUCAUUUGACUUCAACGCCGAGCCGCCUUGGGAUCCUAGCUGAUAGUGGAGGAGUUCAUCCCAGGUGUCAUCCAUUUUGUUGCAUAAGUCUAGGACCCCAGGGGCUCGAGAGGGUGAGAGCAAGACCACUUUGGACUAGCCACGUUCUUUAUGCCUGUCGGAUUUGAAGAAAAGGGUUGAGAGGAUGAAAGGAAUUACUGAUGAACCACAGUAUUCUGUUGGCCUACUGGAAGGAGGCACAGCCCUCUGUGACGUAAUUGACAAUCAUAUUUAUGAACAAACUCUGUCUGAGAAGAAUGCAUUCUUUGUAGCAGACUUGGGAAUUAUAAUGAGGCAGUAUGUUUGCUGGCGAACCCACAUGGCCCAAAUUCGACCCUACUAUGCUGUCAGAUGCAACAGCAGUCCAGCUGUUAUUGAAGUUCUUGCUGCCCUCGGCACUGGAUUCAUUUGUACCAACAAGUCUGAGCUUGAGCUGGUCCAGAGCCAUGGCAUUCCCUCUGAGGAUAUCAUCUACAGCGGUGUAUGCAAACAAGUCUCCCAGAUUAAAUAUGCUGCUAAGAAUGGCAUUGACCUCCUGGUUUGUGAUAAUGAAGCAGAGCUACGCAAGAUUUCUCGCUGCCAUCCCAAUGCCAAGCUGCUGCUACAGGUUUCAACAGAAGCAUCCAGCCAGGACAAUGACUUGAGCAUGACAUUUGGCUGUUCCCUCAAGGACUGCAGGCAUCUGUUGGAGAGGGCUAAGGAGUUGGGUGUGCAGGUGGUUGGGGUCAGGUCUCACAUUUCCAGCUCCUGUGAGGAUGACCAGAUAUACGUUCAUGCCAUAUCUGAUGCCCGUUGUGUCUUUGAUAUGGCAGAGGAAAUUGGCUUCAACAUGAAAAUCCUGGACAUUGGAGGUGGCUUCAGUGGCUCUGAGACUCAGCUGGAACAGAUCAAUAGUGCAGUCAUGUCUAUGGUGGACCUAUACUUCCCUCCUUCUACUGGAGUUUUUAUCAUUGCUGAGCCUGGAAGCUUUUUUGUAUCCUCUGCAUUCACACUGGCUGUGAACGUCAUCUCCAAGGAGGUGGUGGCCCGUGAUCGCCAGGACCAAGCACAUGAUGAUCCGUCUCCCAACGAUGAGCCCGAGUUCCAGUACUACAUGCAGGAGGGAGUGUACGGAUCAUUUGCCAGCAAACUGUCUGAAACACUGAUUCCUGCUCCAUCUGUUCAUAAGAACACAUCCCUGGAUGCUCCAGUGUUCAGCAGCAGCCUGUGGGGUCCCUCUGGAGACGACCUGGACCAGGUAGUGGAGCACUGUCUGUUGCCUGAGCUCAACGUCGGAGACUGGCUCACGUUCUCUCAAGCUGGGGCCUACAGUAUGGGUCAGCCGCUCUGCACCGCCACCGACUCCCCACCCCCCCCUGUGUACUACGUCAUGUCCUCUCGAGACUGGUUUGAGAUGCAGGACACUGGUGUUACCCACGAGGCUACGCUUAAAAACGUCUCUUUGGUCCCUUAUUUCUUCAGUUCCUGCCAAACAGAGGCUGCUCUGUCUGUUCCAGCUUAGCCAUCAUCUGACUAGGAACUUUCCUUUACUGGUUGCUGCUGCUAUCUUCCUCUGGUCUACAUUCCACUAGGAGGACCUGAACCGACAGAUAAUGGCUUGGAAAACUGGGACCAGACAUAAUUCGUUUUAAAUUGAAUUUUACAAACCCCAGUAUACAGUAAAGUAAGUUAUAAUUUUAAGAUGUUAAUUAUUAUGCAACAAGAUGGAUGACUCCUUUUAAGUGAUGCUUCCCUCCCUUUGCAUUGGGCAUCCCAUGGAACUACACUUUACACUCAUACAGUAGACAUUUAAUAAUUUUACAUGAUUAUAUUUGACAAAUGUAAUAUCUAUGUCUCCUUGCUGUUGCCAGUCUUGUAAAGUAAGAUAUGUAUCAAUGAGUGAAACAGUGUAUUUUAAUGGAAACAGGUAUUGUAGGGUGCUUUGCCACAAGGUGUAUUUAUGAUUUUAAUUGGUUGUAUAGUUUAUUUUGUGUGGUAACAGCUUGAUUUCCUUCAUCCUUUCUAACAUGUCCUUCUCAGUGUUUUGAUAUGGAGGCUUGCAUACGAAGGUGUGUUUGCUCAUCUGUUUGAUGUAAAUAAAGCCAGUGGGAUCAAUGUGCAGUGUCACCAUGAAAUCCACUCCUGGAAAAAUGAUUAGUGCAGUGUGUUCUGGUGUGGGGGAGAAGCUAAUGGCUGUUUUCACCAGUAGAGUGGUGUUUCUUUCUAAAGUGCUGAGUCGCUUGCUCCCACACUAAUGAAGGGCCGGCAGUUGACACGCAGGUGUAAACAGCAUGUGCUGCAGAUGGAAGAGGGAAGUGUCGAUGGAAAACACGUCGGCUAACAUGGUUUGGGGUCUUUAUUUUAUUUUGUAGAAUAUUUAAAAUGCUAGAACCCAUUUAUUUAGCUUUUUCUAUCACUUUCUGUUGAAUUUGAAAAUACUUUUUCAAAAU